AUGAUGGAAGACAGAAGCCAGCAGGUGCUGGCCAUCGGAACCACCUUUUUCAUUCUCGCCUGGAUUGUCGUCAUGCUCCGGGUCUAUGUCCGCGCCUACAUGAUCAAGUCGUGGGGCCCCGAUGACUGGGUCAUGAUGCUCGCGCUGGCCUGCUUCACCGUCUACCUUGUCUCCCAGCUCGGAGGCGUCUACUACGGCUCGGGACGGUUAGAUAAAAAUCUAGAUCCAGCGGAUAUGAGAAGAGCUCUACGAUUCUGGUACAUAUGUGAACUGUUCUAUGUCAUAGCAUCCUCGACACUCAAGGUGGCCAUUGGUAUCUUCCUGCUCCGUAUCGCCGUCAACAAGUACCAUAUCUGGAUCAUAUACUUCGUCAAUGGCGCCUCAAUCGUUUUCGGAACCGCCUACCUCUGCGUUGUUACCUUCCAGUGCAGUCCAAUCCACACAUUCUGGACCAUCAAACCCAACAACGAGCACUGCCUGCCGCGGGACACGGUUGCAAACAUCACUUACGCCGCGAGUGCUCUUGCCGCCAUUGCCGAUUGGACUUUCGGCAUUCUUCCGGGCUUCAUUGUCUGGGAUCUUCACAUGAACACGAGGACGAAAGGAGUGGUCGUCGUCAUUCUUGGCUUCGCAGCCAUCGGCAGCACAGCGACGCUUGUCCGCAUCCCCUAUAUCCAUGGCCUCAAGGCCACUGAGAACUUCCUCUAUGAGUCCACAGACGUGGCCAUUUGGUCUACUAUUGAGCCUGGCAUUGGCAUGACGGCUGCUUGUGUCGCCACGCUCCGCCCGCUCCUACAAAGGGUUCUCUCCAAGACGGGCCUUUCCACGCCGUCCCGCACGCAUCCCAGCCGCUUUACGCCCAACUGGGCGGGCUCGGCAAACGCGCUCGGGUCCAAGAAGCAAACAGGAUACAUCCGCAGCCCAAGCUACUCUCACGGCAUGGACACGCUCCGAGCGGACGGCACUGGCACCGGCACCAAGACCACCAUCACUGUCGGCGACAAGGGCUGGCGCACGCAGAGCGACGGGUCUUCGGAAGAGCAUAUUUUUGCAGAGACCACAAGAAGCGGAGUCAUGGGCAUGAACAUCAGCAAAAGCGUCGAGGUGACGCAUGUCACCGAGUCAUCGCCGCCCUCUCAGCACGGCAGGCGGCGGUCGGACGACAGCAUGGUAUAG